AGUUUUGAAUAUGAAAAAAAUUUCGGGUAUCAAUUUUUGACCAUCCGCCCCAAUUUGCCGCACCCAAGUGCAGCGUCGAAACUCCACCGCCUAUGAUCCCAAUUUUAUAUAAAAUUACUCCCUCAUAAUCUUAUAUUGCCCUUCAAUUUUAUUCCAUUUGGAGCAAAGUUCCAUUCUUGAGUACAAAGAUAUCUUCUUUUUCUUCAUUCUCGCACUUUUGGAUGAGGCUGUUAUUGUGGGUGCAUUGAAAUUGAUGGCUAAUCGAUCUCUGAAGCGUUUUCUCAACAACAUAGAAUUCAGUAUUGGUAUCUCAAGGAAACAUGUUUCCAACCAGAGAUAUGUCUACAACAUUCUUAACCGGUGUCAAUCAAAUUAUUCAAACACAGAUGGUCAUAAGCCUGAAGAGAAGAGCAUAAGCCAUGGUCCGGGGCGCAGUAAAUAUGAUAUUGACAAUGGCGAUUUUCAUGAUAAUAAGUGGAAACUAGAGCUUGCUUGGCUCUCUAAAGCUGUUGAACCUGCGGUCCAACUCUGCAGAUGGGCUUUGUCAACAGGAAAUGGAAAUGGAGACAAACUUCCACCGACCAAUAAAUCUCUUGCAGAGAUAUUUGCCAGCAUUCAACGUAGUAAAUUGGGACUUCAGGAUUGGAGUCUCACUGAUCUUACCAUAGGCCUAUAUCUAAUAUAUCUUCAGCAAGCAUCCACCAGUCCUAUUGAGGAUGUUACGGGUGAACAGAUAUACUCUGAUUUGAUAGUUCAAGAUCUCAUCUACCACACUGAACUGGCUAAGGGUUCUUAUAAAGAUUGCACUGCAGCACUUGCAAGGAAUUGUAUGCUCCGGGAAAGUAAUGUUGUCAAAUUCAUAAAAAAUUCCAGUGUGUUGAGGCCUGGAUAUUAUAUAGGAAUUGACAAGCGGAAAAAACUUGUAAUUCUUGGAAUACGUGGAACUCAUACAGUGUAUGAUCUUAUAACUGACAUUGUUUCUUCAAGUCAUGAAGAAAUCACGCUCGAGGGUUACUCCACUCACUUCGGAACUUCUGAGGCUGCCCGUUGGUUCCUUAUUCAUGAGAUGGGCACCAUAAGGAACUGUCUUGAGAAACACAAGGGAUUUAGGUUAAGGCUUGUUGGUCAUUCCCUUGGGGGUGCAACAGCUUCAUUGCUGGCUAUCAUGCUUCGAAAUAUGUCGGCCCGAGAACUUGGUUUCAGUCCUGAUAUUGUGUCAGCAGUUGGAUAUGCUACGCCGCCAUGUGUUUCUAGAAAACUUGCCGAAAGUUGCUCUGAAUAUGUCACAACAGUGGUAAUGCAGGAUGAUAUUAUUCCAAGGUUAAGUAUUGCCUCCCUCACGAGGCUUAGGAAUGAAAUUCUUCAAACUAACUGGGUGAGUGUUCUUCAGAAGGAAGACUGGAGAGGUGUCGUAGACUUAUUUACCAAUGCAAAGCAGGUUGUAUCUUCUGUGCAAGAUGUAGCUCGGAGACUUGCUGAUUAUGCUAAAUUACGAGGCCAAACUAAGCUCUCUGAGUCUACGGUUCCACGUGUUCCUAAUACCUCCAACUCCAAAGUCAAUACAUCAUCUCUUGCGAGACAGGAAGGCGAUGCUGAGUUGUUUGUCCCCGGAACUCUUUAUAUUUUGAAGAGGAAUGCAAAUGCAAGAAACGAAGGUAACAGUGUGGAAUGUUUCACACUUUGGAAGAGACACUCAGGGGAGCAUUUUCAGAGGAUACUUCUCUCAAAUAACAUUAUUUCUGCCCACAAGUGUGAUAGCCAUUAUUAUGCAUUGAGGGAUGUUCUUAAAGGUUUGCCUGGUUCUACCGAUGAAACUGUUUUCCGAUGAAUAAAUUUCACAUAUUUGCUCUUUUCGUGUAAAACAAUGAUCUCAUCAUCCCACGGCUUGUGGGAGGUAGCUAGCUGGUCCCCUUGAGAGUAGUUGAGGUACGUGCAAGCUGACCCUUAUCAAUACGAAGAAACAAAUAAUGGCCUUGUUAGUUGCUUUACAGGUAAAACAUUUACAUUGUCCUCAAAGAUAAGAAUUGUUGUAAUUUUCAGCUUACAGUUUUAUUUUUUCCUGUAGUACCAGGAAAUCUUCCUGUAUUUUUUAUUUUUCAACUAUAUCUUUUUG